UCGUUGAUUUGCGUUUGCGUGUGCGUUUUUGUGUCGUGGGUCUGGAUCAGUUGAAUUGGGAGCGAGCCGACGGACACGGGGACCUUCCCGGGCUCUUCCUUGCCUAGGGUUCCGACCGAUCGCCCCUCUCUCUCCUCCCGCUGAAUUCCCCGUCCGACCUCUAGUUACGGCCAUCGAUAUUCCGGACUGAGACCAGGUCCCGAGUGCGAUCGAGGUGGUCCGAACCCUUGAUCCUCGAUUUGGAGAAUUCUGAUUUUUUCUUUCCUACUAACACCGGAGGGCUUCUCGCCGUUGGCGAAUCUCAUAGCCAUGGAUUUGCUCGCCAGCUGCAGGGAUAAGCUGGCAAAUUUUAGAAUAAAGGAGCUUAAGGAUGUCCUUACACAACUAGGUCUUGCAAAGCAAGGAAAAAAGCAGGAUCUUGUGGACAGGAUUUUACUAUUGCUUUCUGAUGAACAAGUUCCCAAGCCACAGAUCUGGGGAAGGAGAAUUUCUUUGGGCAAUGAGGAAGUGGCUAAAAUAAUUGAUGAUACCUACAGAAAAAUGCAAGUGUCAGGUGCAACGGACCUAGCGUCUAAGAAUAAUGUCACAGGAUUAAAUCAGAUUAAGCCAAAAGAGGAACUAGAGGAUUAUCGUUCAGUUCAGUGUCCCUGUAGGAACUCAAUGGAUAAUGAAUCGACAAUUCAGUGUAUGGAUCCUCGAUGUCAAGUGUGGCAGCACAUAGGCUGUGUAAUUAUACCUGAAAAAUCUAUGGAGAGUGCUCUGCCUGAGCUUCCAUCCUGUUUUUAUUGUGAAUUAUGCAGAAUGAAUAGGGCUGAUCCAUUCUGGGUAAGAUUAGGGCAGCCACUACUUCUCACGAAGUUGAUUUCUUCCGUCGUCACUACUGAAGGCACAGUCACAUUACAGAGCAUUGAAAGAACUUUUCAAUUUUCAAGAAUAAAUAGAGAAAUGACACAGAGGAAUGAAUGUGAUGAUCUCCAGGUUUGGUGUCUACUACUCAAUGACAAGGUUCCAUUCAGAAUGCACUGGCCACAGUAUGCAGAAUUGCAAGUCAAUGGGGUUGCCGUCCGGGUGGUAACCAGACCAGGGUCUCAGUUGUUGGGUAUCAAUGGUCGGGAUGAUGGUCCACUGAUCAAUACAUUCUGCAAGGAAGGAAUCAACAAAAUUAAUUUAUCAUGGCGUGAUACUCGAGUAUUCUGCUUUGGAAUCAGACUUGUAAGGAGGAGGUCAGUGCAUCAGGUUCUUAGUUUGGUUCCCAAGGAGGAAGAUGGUGAAAGCUUUGAAACUGCACUUGCCCGUGUCUGUCGUUGCAUUAGUGGUGGAGCUGCUACCGAUGAUGCUGAUGAUAGUGACAUAGAAGUGGUUGAUGAUUGUGUUACAGUCAAUCUCCGUUGUCCUAUGAGUGGAUCUCGGAUAAGGACAGCAGGCAGGUUUAAGCCUUGUAUGCACAUGGGAUGUUUUGACUUAGAGGCUUUUGUGGAACUUAAUCAACGCUCUCGGAAGUGGCAAUGUCCAAUAUGUCUCCAGAAUUAUUCCCUUGAGAGUAUCAUUGUUGAUCCCUAUUUCAAUCGCAUUACAUCCUUGUUGCAAAAUUGUGGUGAAGAUGUAACUGAGAUUGAUGUUAAACCUGAUGGUUCCUGGCGUGUUAAGAAUGAGGGUGUAUGUACCAAUCUUUCCAAGUGGCAUCUGCCUGAUAGUUCCAUACCCGUUGAUACAUACACAGAGGUUACGGCUGAUUUGGGGGAUAUGAAACCUGUUAUGGAAGAUACUCCCAAAGGGCAUACAAGUUUGAGGUUAAAGCGAAAUCGAGAGGGAGUUUGGGAGGUCAGUAAGAAGCCUCUGUCCUCUCCUAGUCAUGUUUUCACUGAACAUGAAGAUCACAGUUCAAUAAUCCCUUUGAGCAGUAGUCCAGCUGGUAGUUAUGUAGAUGUGGAAGGCCAAAGUGACAAUCAAGAUACUCUUCAGAAUUAUGAGUUUUCUUUGAAUGAUGGCCAUGAUCUUGAUUAUCCAAAUCUUGACUUUGAUCCAACAUACAAUAUUGACAGUGGAGGCGCUCCUGCAUCAUCAAAGAACACGGAUAUUAUCAUUCUUAGCGACUCUGAUGAUUAUGAUGACAGACCUAAUUUAAUUUCCCCUAAAGCUACUUAUGAUUCUCGUCCUACUGUUGAUAGUGAAAUUCCUUUUUCAGUCAAUACUGGUGUUUCAGAAAGAUACACUGAAGACACCGGCCUGACAACUAUUGGGAGUUCUGGUCUUGGUUUAUUUGAAAACAGUUCUGAUGAUUUUGGCAUACCCAUUUGGUCAAUGCAAACAUGCCCUCAGACGAGUUCUGGCUUCCAACUAUUUGAAAUGAACAGUGAAGUACAAGAUCCUUUAGUCGGUGCACAUAAUACCCUUGACUGUACAUCAGUUCAUGGGUAUAAUUUAGCAUCCAAUGGUAGUUUGGGGGGUGCUUCAGAAACCAUAGACUAUCCUGCUUGUCAUUCACAUUCUGAGGUCCAUGGAAACUUGAUCGAUAAUCCUCUGGCAUUUCCCAGCAAUGACCCUUCUCUGCAAAUUUUUCUACCCACCGAACCAACUUCAGCUCCUCUGCAGUGUAGCACGAGUGAGCACCUAGAAGUGCCAAAUGGGGCAGCUUCUGAUGACUGGAUAUCACUUACACUUGCCGCUGGAGGUAGAAAUGAAUCUGCUUCUGUUAAUAGGUCAAGGCCAAAGCAGCAGUCUUCAUCAAGGGAUAAAAGAAUUGAACCAUUAGAAGAAACAGCAGCUUUAUUGUUGGGCAUGAGUAGUGGAAAUGGAGCCAGCAAAUCAAAUUUAGAAAGAUUUUGCAAUCCUUUCUCACAUCCAAAGCAGCCCCGGUCUGCUAGGGCUCGAUUGUUGUACAUGCCAAUAGACUCUGAUUCUAAUUAGAUAUCGGGGAUUCGUCUUGUGAUUGCCUUUUGGAGAGUGUCUUCAUCUAUUUUGCCGCUUGAAGACUGGUGGAUCCUCCCUGAACAGAAAGAAAGAUUACCUGCUGUCUCCCAGCCAGUACAAAAUUCCAUUGGGGUUUGUGCUAUUUCAUCAUUCAUCUGUCUUUUCCAAAUUACUGAUCAAUACUGCCAGGUUUACUUGUAUCUUGGGCGUUUAUGAUCUUGCUGAUGUAUUCGACCCAGUUGGUUGAUUCGCGCCAAAUCGGUAGCUUGGCUUGUAUAUUGUAUUUAGUUUCUAGAAUUUAUUUCGUUUGUAGUUCUGAUAUCCUGUUGCGACAAAUAAAGUGAUGGGACCCAUUUUGGAAA